AAGGGGGCUAUAUAUAUCAGCCAUCAACUACGCAUUCCACCUCGCAAGACAUCUCAUACAUCCUCUCCAUCCUGCCCACGCUCAUCACGCAACACGCAAUCAUGGGUUCCGCCGCUUCCAAACCCGCAACUCCCGUCCCGACCUACACCGCUGAUCCCGUCAAGUACGACGAGAAGCGGUCGGCCGUCUCACAGGUCCAGGUCUACCGCCAGGUCGAAGAUGAUCGUUCGGCUUCGGGUACGACCGAGAUGGGGUUGACGAGGUCCAAGUUGGACGCCUGGCAGCAAGACUUCGAUGCCACCCCCACCCUCAAGCUUUCCCAAUUGAUCCUGACCAACGCCGAUCCCAAGACCUCGCUCAUCUCCCGCGAACGGAUCAUCCAGGACCAACCCGUCUUCAAUCUCGAGCUCAAGGGCGUCCCCGACAAGGAUGGCAAGAACAGGAAGGGAGUCUACCCGGGUCCGGUGACUAACCAGAAGAAUUCCGGGAGGUGUUGGUUGUUCGCUACCACCAACUGUUUAAGGUACCGAGUCAUUCCCCAGUUGAACUUGGGCGAUUUCCAAUUGUCCCAGUCGUACUUGUUCUUCUACGACAAGCUCGAGAAGGCCAACUGGUUCCUAGAGAACGUCCUCGACCUCGUAGACGAGCCUAUCGAUUCGAGGAUCAUGGAGUUCCUCAACAGGGAUCCCGUUGGAGAUGGCGGGCAGUUCGAUAUGGCUGUCAACAUUGUCGAGAAAUACGGAGUCGUCCCCCAAGCCGUCUACCCAGAAUCGUUCACUUCCUCUCAAUCCGGCCCGAUCAACCAGAUCGUCACCUCCAAGCUUCGGGAAUUCGGUCUCGAACUCCGUCAAAUCGUCGACUCGCUCCGUUCCUCCUCGGCCAGCGUCUCGAAGGAACGCGCUACCGAACGCGCUAGGACGAGGAAGGACGAGAUGAUGCGGACCGUCUUUGACGUCCUCUCCUGCUCCAUGGGCACGCCACCCAAACCCGACGCCGAGUUCUUCUGGGAGACCUAUGAUAGGGACGGCAAGUACUUGAAGGUGGAGAUGACCCCCAAGGCUUUCUACAAGAAGUACACGGGGCCUUAUAGGCCGAACGAGUGUUUCUCGUUAAUCAACGAUCCAAGGAACGAGUAUGAGAAGUUGUACACCGUCGACAGGCUGGGUAAUGUCUCGGGAGGGAUGUCGGUGCGAUACGUCAACGCGCCCACCUCGGCUCUCGAGAAGGCCGUUAUCGCUUGUAUCAAGGCGGACCAGCCGGUCUUCUUCGGAAGCGAUGCGGGAGCUCCUGGAAUCAGGGCUGACGGGAUCUGGGAUACCAAGGCGUUCGACUACCAGAAAGCCUACGGGUUCUCGCUCGGCAUGAACAAGGCGCAGAGGCUUCAGACGGGUGACAGCCUCGCCAACCACGCGAUGGUCAUCACCGCUGUCCAUCUCGACGACAACGGAACACCUGUUCGGUACAAGAUCGAGAACUCGUGGUCCGACGCCGUAGGGAACAAAGGCUUCUUCAUGUGCACGGCCGACUGGUUCCGAGAGUACGUCUACCAAGUCGUCAUUCCCGAGAAGCUGGCCGAGAGCAAGUGGGUCGAGAUCCUGAAAAAGGGCGAUCCCGUCGUCUUGAAGCCAUGGGACCCAAUGGGCGCUUUGGCUUGAGCUAAGCACAGGCGAAUCCGGUUCAACUACCCAGAUAUUGCCCCAGAGACUUUCCGAUACCUGUCGCCCGACAGUGUACGUGAACCGUGUUGUGAUUUAGGGGUUUUGAUUGUGUAAGAAGUUUGAAAUGAGAACUAAGAAUUUUGUAGUGUUUGGGCAUAUAAGUCAUGGAUAUAUGGGCGCAAUGAUAACCUUUUG